AUGCGCCCUCGCUUAGGCAGCUGUGUGGUUCAAGCCCGAGUUGAAGUUUUCGGGUUCGCGUCGCUUCAGUUCGAGCUGCAUUCCUCCGCCUUCAGCCCAGCCCUUCGUUCCGUUCGGAUGACGCAAGUCGAGCUUCCAAGGUUAGACCGUGGACGCGUGAAAGUGACGCUUUUGAGCCCGAUGGUGCGAAUCGUGGCAUGCAAUCGAGAUACAUCGCUGGUGCAACGCAAUCACACACUGACCUUCUAA